UGCUAUGCUAACUUGAAUAGUAUAACGCCAAAAUUGUAGCGGAUUGAGCAUCUUUCUUUCCAGACAAUAAUUUCUUUUUUAAAUGGCAUGUACUGCUAAAAUACUUCGAACUAAUUAUUUCUGUAACGCGCACUUACAGUGGGCAUAAAACUAUUAUAAUACUCCAAGUUUACCGAAGCUAAUGCUAGCGACUUAAAGCUAUGGGCUAGCAUCCGGGCGGCUAACAAACCACUAGUGUUUUCAUCAAGUACAAGGGACAAAUUAUACACUUUGUCAUUAAGUUAUACGUUAGGGAAACAUAUUAAAUAAUAUCAUAAUGUCAACUGUCUACUUCAGUGCGGCUUUAAGCGUAUUUUUGAAAGAAGAAAUCUCAAAACUUUAGCCCCUGAACUCAAACUUUAUCAGGUAACACACUGAUUCUAAUGAUGUUCUCUCUUAUUUAUCACAUUUUCAGAGGUUGAUGUACUCCGAGCAGCACAUUUAAAUCAGUUUGAUUGGAACUGAAUGCAAAUAUAAGGACAUAUUUGAUUUAUGACAUGUCUGAACCUCUAAAGGUUUAUAAAUAAUCUUUAUAUAAUCACAGCUUCAAUUUCAAAAUAAAAGCUUAAUAAAACUCAGAAGCUAAUCAUGUUUUAUGAAACUUUAAAGCCCAUGAAACACAAUUUCAACUGUUUAUUAAUCUUAACUUUUUGUUAAUGUAUUCAUUCUGUAAUUUCAAUUUUCCAGAGAUAAACUCAGUUUUGUCUUAAGGAUGUGGGCCUGUUUAGGUGUUUUCCUGUUAUGGAUGAACUCUGGAGGAUACACUCUAGAUCAGAUUGAAUACACUCCUGCAGAGUUUUAUAAAACACUGCAUUUGGGGAAGAUGAUGUUCGUCUAUUUUGAGCAGAACGUCUCUCCUACCAUCUCUUUGUUCCUCGUGGAGUUAGAGAAGUCGGCGGAAGCUCUGAGGGAUUAUGGAUUUCUGGUUGGCAAGGUGAGCUGUGAAAAGGAGCUGGUUCAGGAGUACUGCACAGAGGAAAGAUAUCAGCACACUGCUUUUCUUUUCCGGGGAGGCAAGGAGUUCUUGAGUUUUGAUUUGGACACCGUCUUUGAUGUCAACUCCAUCGUGUCUGAAGUCCUGUUUGCCAUUCUGCGUGAGGAGGUGAAGUAUGUCCACACAGACGCUGACCUCCUGUCCAUGGAGAGAGCAGCUAGAGGGAAAAGGGACAUUGUCCUCGGCUACGUUCGCAGUCUGGGAACUCGAGAGCACAGAUCGUUGAUGGAGACGGCAUAUGUGUACGGAUCCAAAUAUCAGUUUAUUCUUAUAACAGGAGGCCCGGUAUUAAAGCAGUUAGGAGUGAAGGAAUCGUCUCUGUUGUCCGGAGUGUGGUUCCUCCAUUGUAGAGUUCACUGUGGUCUCAUGACCUCAAUGACCCCUGAGCGUUGCCCUUCGACACUCAUGAGGAAGGUCCCAUCUACCCUGAACCUUUACUCCUUCCUGCAGCUCAUGGAGGCACCGUUGGUGUCAGAGGUGUACGUGGACCCGUCCUCUGUCCCUCCCCCACAGUUCCCCUACCAGCUGACCCCGCAGGUCUUCCUGUUUUCCCGCCCUGCGACUCAGCACCUGGACAUGGAUGUGGCCACCGCUCUUGCCUGGAAGCUGCGCGGCCUUGCCCUGCUGCUGCUCGUACACAGGCAGAGUCCUGGUGUUAAAACCCCUGAGGAGUACAACGCCGCCUACCGGCUGCCUGAGAAGAGUUCCGAGGUGACGUAUUUGACCUUACAUAGCCUCAGUGACCUCUUGGAGCUCUUCAUAACUCAGGAAAAAGAAGUAGAAGAAGAGGAGGAUGAAGAUGAGGAGGAGGAGGAUUCACAUUUUGAAAGGCUGGACGAUGAAAUCGCAGCGACUGUUUUUGCAAACCGAGCCAACUUCCUGGACACGGACUCCGUGGCCCGGCUGACCUCUGAGAACUUCCACACUGAAGUAGCACAAAGCAGCCUCACGGUGGCGCUCUUCUACCUCAAAUGGGAUGCUGUUUCCAUGGCGUUCCUCAACUCCUUCGUUGAAGUUGCAGAGAGACUUCUAGAAUCUGAGGUUGAUGAUGUCCAGAUGAGCGUCGUUGACUGUGGCGAGUGGACCGACCUCUGCGCUGCUCAGGUGUGGACCGACAUCCCCUUCCAGCCAAUCACAGCCUUCCCCAGCGUCCUGCUAUUCCGCCCCCAGCAGCCAGCCCAGCUCUACAGGGGCAUGCUGGGUAGUGAAGCUCUGCACCGCUUCAUCAUGAUAAGCCGCAUAAAGUCUCCGCUGUUACUGUCUACACAAGAGGAAGUGACAUCUUUCCUUCAGGAAGUCCCUCACCCCGAGCUAUCAGGCUACAGGCUGGACAGAAUCCUGGGAUUAUUUAGGACACAUCCUGAACCAGGUUCAUCAGUGUUCAUUGAAGCAACAAAGUCGCUCGGAGGAGAAGUUCUUAGCGGACUGCUGUCAGACGAACUGGUUGAGAAAUGGACUGCAGAGCAUUUUGUGGACUCUCCAGCAGUGUUGGUGUUUCCAUCUUGGAGGACAGGCAACCAUCCCUUGAUACUUCCUGUAUCCUCGUCCGUUAAAGAGCUGCUCACACAAGUUAGGGCUGCUUUGCUCCACCCACUGCCCGAGUUGACUGUAGAAAAUCUGCCCUCCAUCCUCUCUCAGGGCAAAGCCCUGCUCCUCCUGUUUGUGGGAGAAGAGGAGGACGAGAUCGGCUGGAGGCAGAACCAGGCACUCCUGGAGGAGAUGAGAGGCCUGUUGGAGCUGGGAGGUGAAAAGAUGGAGCGGUACCAGACCUGCUGGAUCCACCUAGGCCACACUCCAGCUGGUAUGUCCGUCCUGGAGUCGUACCUGGGUACUUUGCCACCUCUUCCUGCUCUGGUUUUAACACAUUUAACUACUGGAGAUGAGAUCUAUCAGUACCCACCCAGCACUCCUAUCCUGGCUUCCUCAGUGCUGCAGUGGCUGCAGAAGGUCGAGGAUGGGACAGAGUCCUCAGCAGGGCUGCUUAGGGGGGACGGCCGGUCUCCUGCUUUUGAGUUCUACGACUUCCUGAAAGUCAUGGACAUGCAGGAGCCUGACUACAUUGAGCCGAAAACUCCCUCAGAGGAAGGAGAAGAGGAGGACGAGGAAGUUAGUGUUGAGGAGCAUUUGGUGGCAGAAGAAAUAACUGAAGAUGUUUCUGACAUUAGUCCAAAUCUUCACUCUGAGCUGUAACUGCUGGAUGAAAAGGAAAACACACUACUGAUUGAAUUUAUACAGCUGCUGGACAAUUUUAUGUCUGAAUAAAAAAUGGACGAAAAUGUUGAA